AUGUUAAACAAUGUGUUGUUGUAGUUUGACAAGUUAAACAAUUACUAUCACAAGAAGAUUAGCAAAUAUGAGUUGAUUAAUUCAAAUAAAAUCCUGAAUCACAUGAUAAACAAUGUAUUGUUGUAGUUUGACAUGUUAAACAAUUACUAUCACAAGAGGAUUAGCAAAUGUUUGUUGAUUAAUUCAAAUAAUUACCUGAAUCACAUGUUAAACAAUGGGUUGUUGUAGUUUGACAAGUUAAACAAUUACUAUCACAAGAAGAUUAGCAAAUAUGAGUUGAUUAAUUCAAAUAAAAUCCUGAAUCACAUGAUAAACAAUGUGUUGUUGUAGUUUGACAAGUUAAACAAUUACUAUCACAAGAAGAUUAGCAAAUAUGAGUUGAUUAAUUCAAAUAAAAUCCUGAAUCACAUGAUAAACAAUGUGUUGUUGUAGUUUGACAAGUUAAACAAUUACUAUCACAAGAAGAUUAGCAAAUAUGAGUUGAUUAAUUCAAAUAAAAUCCUGAAUCACAUGAUAAACAAUGUGUUGUUGUAGUUUGACAAGUUAAACAAUUACUAUCACAAGAAGAUUAGCAAAUAUGAGUUGAUUAAUUCAAAUAAAAUCCUGAAUCACAUGAUAAACAAUGUGUUGUUGUAGUUUGACAAGUUAAACAAUUACUAUCACAAGAAGAUUAGCAAAUAUGAGUUGAUUAAUUCAAAUAAAAUCCUGAAUCACAUGAUAAACAAUGUGUUGUUGUAGUUUGACAAGUUAAACAAUUACUAUCACAAGAAGAUUAGCAAAUAUGAGUUGAUUAAUUCAAAUAAAAUCCUGAAUCACAUGUUAAACAAUGUGUUGUUGUAGUUUGACAAGUUAAACAAUUACUAUCACAAGAAGAUUAGCAAAUAUGAGUUGAUUAAUUCAAAUAAAAUCCUGAAUCACAUGUUAAACAAUGUGUUGUUGUAGUUUGACAAGUUAAACAAUUACUAUCACAAGAAGAUUAGCAAAUAUGAGUUGAUUAAUUCAAAUAAAAUCCUGAAUCACAUGAUAAACAAUGUGUUGUUGUAGUUUGACAAGUUAAACAAUUACUAUCACAAGAAGAUUAGCAAAUAUGAGUUGAUUAAUUCAAAUAAAAUCCUGAAUCACAUGAUAAACAAUGUGUUGUUGUAGUUUGACAAGUUAAACAAUUACUAUCACAAGAAGAUUAGCAAAUAUGAGUUGAUUAAUUCAAAUAAAAUCCUGAAUCACAUGAUAAACAAUGUAUUGUUGUAGUUUGACAUGUUAAACAAUUACUAUCACAAGAGGAUUAGCAAAUGUUUGUUGAUUAAUUCAAAUAAUUACCUGAAUCACAUGUUAAACAAUGGGUUGUUGUAGUUUGACAAGUUAAACAAUUACUAUCACAAGAAGAUUAGCAAAUAUGAGUUGAUUAAUUCAAAUAAAAUCCUGAAUCACAUGAUAAACAAUGUGUUGUUGUAGUUUGACAAGUUAAACAAUUACUAUCACAAGAAGAUUAGCAAAUAUGAGUUGAUUAAUUCAAAUAAAAUCCUGAAUCACAUGAUAAACAAUGUAUUGUUGUAGUUUGACAAGUUAAACAAUUACUAUCACAAGAAGAUUAGCAAAUAUGAGUUGAUUAAUUCAAAUAAUUACCUGAAUCACAUGUUAAACAAUGUAUUGUUGUAGUUUGACAAGUUAAACAAUUACUAUCACAAGAAGAUUAGCAAAUAUUAGUUGAUUAAUUCAAAUAAUUUCCUGAAUCACAAGAAGUACAUUAAACUGUUUUCUCAAAACAAGUAGCACAGUUAGGAUCGCAAUUUGAUUGACAUGUAUUAAGUUAUUCAUUUAAAUACAUAUUCGAUGCACAUGACAAACAAUGAUUAUUAUAUAUUUAACAAGUUAAACAGUUUCCAUUACACAUAUUAACACAAGUGUUAUCUACUAAAUUUAUAUAUAAAGGACAAUUUUGUACACAUUCUUAUUAGUUUUUAAAUUUAGGUGGAUCACAUGAUACGCAUAUAUUGCUUGCGGUAUCCAAAUAUUUAUUUUAGUUUAUGUCACACUUUGUGCAAUAAUUAGAACUUUAGAAGCAUUCUAAACAGUUUGCAUCACAAUUUAAACAUAAAUUGCCAGAUAUAUACCACCCUUAUAAACAAGUAUCGCAAGUUGUUCCACUGGAACAUGUUUCACAUUCAGCAAGACAAUUUAAACAACCUCCAAGUCCAUCAUCAUAUUAUUAAGUGGAACAUUAACCUUAUACUUAAGUAAUCAGAAUUAAAAUGUUUAAAAACAAAGUCUUCAUAGUUUUUAUUAAUAUUUUUAAAACAGCUUUGA